GUUGCGGGUCGUGCUGGGCAAGAUGGCGGAGCGCGGCUACAGCUUCUCUCUCACCACCUUCAGUCCUUCAGGAAAGCUCGUUCAGAUUGAAUAUGCUUUGGCAGCAGUUGCAGCAGGAGCCCCGUCAGUUGGAAUUAAAGCUGCAAACGGUGUGGUGCUGGCGACAGAAAAAAAGCAGAAGUCCAUUCUGUAUGACGAACGAAGCGUGCACAAAGUGGAGUCCAUCACCAAACAUAUCGGCUUAGUCUAUAGCGGCAUGGGCCCUGACUACAGGGUCCUUGUCCAUAGAGCCCGCAAACUGGCCCAGCAAUACUAUCUGGUUUAUAACGAGCCUAUUCCAACAGCUCAGCUAGUUCAGAGGAUUGCUUCUGUGAUGCAAGAGUACACACAAUCUGGAGGUGUACGGCCAUUUGGAGUAUCUUUGCUAAUAUGUGGAUGGAACGAGGGACGGCCGUACUUAUUCCAGUCCGAUCCCUCAGGGGCUUAUUUUGCAUGGAAAGCAACUGCAAUGGGAAAGAACUAUGUGAAUGGGAAGACAUUCCUUGAAAAGAGGUAUAAUGAAGAUUUGGAGCUGGAAGACGCCAUCCAUACAGCUAUCUUAACGUUAAAGGAAAGUUUUGAAGGGCAAAUGACGGAAGAUAACAUAGAAGUUGGCAUCUGCAAUGAGGCAGGAUUUAGAAGACUCACUCCAACUGAGGUUAAGGAUUACCUGGCUGCAAUCGCCUAGCGAGGGGUCGAGGAAAACUGCACAGAUUCACACAGUGAUCUUUUUUAUUCAAGCCAUAUAAAUAUUGGCUUCUGCACUCUUAUUUCUACUGUUGGUCUAAUUUUUUUUAAAAGAAAUAUUAUGGAUCAAAUGCUACUGUCCUAAUGUGGAAUUCUUGCUCUGGAAAUAGUAACCAUUGUACAAAAGUAUAGUGGGAGUUUACAUACUCUGGAAAAAAAUAAAAAUGUAUCAAAUGGUG